AUGACAUCAUUAACUAUUCCUACUGAAUGGUUCAUUCCACAGAAAAUGCCUAAUAAAUGGAUAUUUCAGUGUUCUAUCAGUUUACGUGAUCUUGUAAUAACUAAUCGAGCUGGUCGUUUUUUCCGACAACUUGUUACUUUUCUUGAACAGGAUCAUCAAUUAAUUGAUUAUCAUCUUGAACUUCAAUAUAAUUCUCAAAGAAACAAUGAGUUAGAUAUAUGGAUUUGUUUCGGUAAACCUUAUUGUACAUCAAAACCAAUAAUAACUCCUGUCUGUAUAUCAUGUGAAGUAACACAUGAACUAAGUAUGGCUACUUUAUUAUCUGAACAACAAUAUACUCGUGCAUGGCUUGAUGCUAAAACUCGAGCAAUGCUUAUUUUAACACCUAUUCGACAUGUUGAACGUUUGUCAGAACUAAAUGAUGAAAAUGGAGAAAUGGAAGCAUUUUGGCAUGAUGCUAUUGAAUUAAUCGAUAGAGAAUGCAAUCAAGUAGAAAUAUGUUAUAGAGCUAUUGUUCUUAAUCAUGGAACAUAUCGAAAUCAUUCACAUUUACAUUUAAAAAUUAAGUUUACAGAUGAUAUAUGGAAUCGAAUAAUAGUUCUUCGACAUAGAGAAAAAAUUCAACAGCUCAAACAAUUGUUACAAAACUCAUCCGUUAUAGAAGAGUGUCUUGGACCCAAAUAUGUUCAGAGGCUAACAAAGUCAACAAUACCGCAGAAAAAUAUUCAUAGUUUAAAUCAAGAUGAUAAAACUUAA